UACCAACGCCACCGUCAGAUGUAAUUCUAGAGCGAGACGGUGAUGAUUAUGUGCUCAGUUGGACUGCAGCUGAAAAUUCAGUCGGUCAUAUGGUGUUCUACGAGCUAAUUUUUAAUGACCAUAUUCGAAAACAAUUUUUAACGGUACAGCACCCAAAUUUUAACGGUACGGUACCAGGAACAGAUAAUAAACUCGUGUGCCGCCUAAAAUAUCCCGGUUGCACGGAGGGCGUCCAAAAUAUGAAAGUACGCACUAUCAAUGUGGUAGCCAAAAAAGAUUUAGAUAUGAGAGCUUUUACUAUCGAUGGCGAAGAAAUACAACGAGCACGUCGUCACACCGAUCCUGCAUACGCACCAAGUACCAUACGCACGCAGGCAACUGCUAAUGGUGAAAUGUAUUAUAACAAGUACGAGUAUGACAUACAAAAGGAACAUAUUGCGGCCGAUUACCAUAAGAAAGCGAAACUAGUCGCAUAUGAAUAUGAAGCGCACCAAGAUUUUGUGUGUGACAAAGUUGGUGGAGGUAUCCGGACAAAAUUACCUGAUUUAAAUAAUACCCAAUAUUACAUGCUGAAAUCGAAUGCAACGGAUUCAAUGAAUUUCAAUUGUUUACCAUUCCAGUGGGAAAGGUUAUUGGCUUUGAUUACUUUUGUUAGCAUGUUCAUAGCGACCAUAGUUUGGACUUACAAGUUUGUGCAACGUCAAUGGAAGGUGCAUGUACAAUUACCAGAAUCGGUGCUACAACUAAUGAGCAUGAGCUCAAAAUUACCCAGUUGCUUGGAGGAUAAUAAACCGGAAAAUAUUUCCAUUGUAUCGACAAAAGCUAGCGAUGGUGCAUCGCUUAUCAAUAUUGGAAAGACGUCCGUACCCUCGUGUAGCAGUGAAAGUGGUGUGGAUGGCGUUGGCGACGCUGAUAGUGACACACCGAGUACAAGUAGCGAAGAUGUCAAUAGGGAAUUUUCACGCUGUUGGGCGAAAAGCGAGCCGGCAUCGCCACAAACUACAAUAACUUUAAAUAGCUUAAGCUACUCUUCAUACCAACCAUCCCCGUUGCGGUGUAAAAAGCCAUUUGACAAGCCCAUUCUCAUUAACGAUGACUACUUACAAACGGAAGAAAUAAAACCAAUUAUUGCUAAUGACAGCAGCACAUCGAGCGAAUCUUCAUAUUUACCCUUACAUUCAAUUAAAUCGAAGUCGAGCUCAACUUCAGAGAGUAGCGAUAACAAAGGAAGUUUUGGUGAUUAUGUUAUAGCGGGCGAUAUCGCUGCAACAGUGACAACACCAACUGACACUAUGCUCAAUAAAGAUGCAAAGACGCCCCUUUUGCUACAAAUGACAAAUAAUAACAAUAAUAAUAAUACUAAUAAUAAUAAUAUAUUCAAAAAUGCGCCGCUGGCUAACAAUUAUGUGCUACCAGACUCACUCCACAAGUUGCCAACAGCGCACGUUGAAAGGAAUUUCGUAUACCCACUGGAAGCAAAGCUCUCACAGGCGAAAGCUGCAACGGCGCAGGCACACCUCUUUCCUACGCUUGCGACCGACGAUUAUGUGCUGCCCGAUUCAUUACAUAAGUUGCCCACAGCACAUACCGCUACCAUACGGCAAGAUCACAACGAAACUGAUAAGCCAUUUAAACAACAAUUGCCACAAACUACAACCAUACCAGCGCAGUCGGAUCUAUUUAAAAAUUUAGCGCUUACAACAGGCGAUUAUGUGCUACCCGAUGAGUUGCCGAAGAUCGCUGCAUCGCACUCCAUUAUGGCUGAACACGAGAAAUCGCUAAUGCCACUACCGCAACAACACUCGCAAAUUAAUUCUACGCAAGCGCAACCCAAUAUUCUUAAAAAUAUGACACUCACACACGGUGGUUACGUACUGCCCGAUACGUUAACCAAGUUUGCUGCGGCACAAAACGCUGUCAGUGACGCGGACAUUGACGACGAUACGCAGACGCCAGCACAACAGCAAGUUCGACCAAUGGUUUCAUACGGCUAUGUUACAUCAGAUUUUUGGUCACAGCCAAAUGCAAUGAAAUGAAUUUGAACUGCUAUGAAGUCGAAUCGUACAAUUUAACCAAAAAAAAAAACAAAAGUGAAAAGAUUUGCACAAGCCAAGCUUACUUAGUGAUCGUAUGCGGCAAACGUUUGCUGCGCUGACGCUGUAAAAAUCCAAAAAAAAAAAAAAUCGUACCAAGCAUUUUGCAUAUUUAUUGCUUAGUUGACUGCUAGCGAAAUUUUUACUAUCACGGCCAAAGGCUUAGGCGUUAUGUAGUUGUUGGUGAUUUACAUUUGAAAACUAUUUCGCGACUGAUUUACUGUUGUUAUUCGUAUAAGUGUGUGCGCAAGUGCUUGUAAGGUAUAUGGCAUACAUGCCGACCUACACACGAAUUUAGUAUGUGUCUAACAAAUAAGUAAGUAAUUAAUUUACUAAGCGUAAGAAUAAAAGGCUAUGAUUUGUAGCGAUUCCCUGGUGGAGCAGAAGAACUUUAUACUUAUAAAAAUUAUUAAUUAAGGCAAAUAUAUUAUGAACAUAGGCAUAUAUGUAUUUGCACUUAUUUAUAUACAUAUGUAUAUACAUAUGUAAUGUAUAAUUAAGUAAAUUUGAAAUGUGAAAAUAAUUUAGUUGAUUGAUUUAAUAAGUUCCUUAAAUAUUUUCGUUAUAUACUCAUUAUCUCAAAGAUAAACGUACAUACGUACAUACAGAAAUAAGUUGAAACAACACAAUUUUUUUUUUUUUUUUUAUUUGUUACCUCUUAACUUAACCUAACCUAAUAUUAGUUGCCAUUCUAACAGGGUUAGAUCGCUGGAAGAUUAGAAUUUUUAAGGAUAAAUUCCUGUAACGCAAAACUUAUAUUUCUGAUUUGAAACUUAUAAACAUUCAUAAUUGCAUCGAUUAAGAAAAAAUCGCUUGUUAGAGUAUCUCAAGAUCAUACAUUUGUGGAAGAUACAAGCCAAAAUUGUAAUAAUAAGCUCUUAGUUUUUUUUUUUGUUGUGUUAUAGCUGCAUAUAAAAUUAAGCAAAUAGUGUUGCUUAGUGCUGCAUCCUUGGCUGCACAUUUUCGCAGAAUUUUAUGGAAAAGAAUUUCCACACUAUUAAGAAAUUAUUAUUAUUUCAUGCAUACCCGGUUUGAAAUGAAGUUUAUAAAAUCCAGAAGCAAUCCAGAGACUCUAUAAAGUAGAGUAGAUAAAUGAUCAGCAUGACGCUGAGUCGAUUUAGCCAUGUGGGUUUGUCCGUUUGUAUAUACGCAAAUUAGAUCUGCUUUUGAGUUAUAGAUCUGAAAUUUCGCACACAUCCCUUUUUUCCCAAGCAGCUGCUCUUUUAUAUUGUCGAUAUCGGACAACUAUUGCAUAUAGCUGCCAUACAAACUGAACGAUCAUAAUCAAGUGCAUUAAUGAAAACUAUUUCAUUUGAUGAGAUAUUUUCACGAAAUUUUGCGUGACUUACUGACCUAAGACCCUGAUGCAAUCUCCGAAAAGAUUGUUUUGAUCAGAUUACUAUAACAUAUAGCUGUUAUACAAGCUGAACGAUCAAAGUUAAAUUCGUUUAUGGAAACAUUUUUUAUUUGACAAUAAAUGUUAUAAAAUUGGCAUUGAUUAUUGCUCAAAGCAACGGUACAAUAUCCGAACAAAUUGUACAGAUGGGACCACUAUGGCAUAUAGUUGACAUCGAACUGACCGAUCAUACUCAAGUUCUUGCAUGAAUUUUUGUAUUUAUUAUUUUAUUUUUAUAGCUUGUGUGCAACCAAGGCAACAUUUUUUUUAUACAUGUAUUUUUUUUUAAUUUUGAAAUAUUGUUGGAUUAAAAGAAUGAAUAUUAAUAUAUUAGAAAUUGAGUGCACCAUUAAAAGUACUUUAUAAUAUGAUAUUAUUAUUUUUUUUUUUGAUUUAUACCUAUGCCAAAACACACAUCUACACUUUUGUAUAUAUUUGUAUACUUGUUAAAUUUUUUGAUAUUUGAAGUUUAAUCUAUUGAAAUAAAAAACUAAAUUGUUUAUUUUUUUUUGCAAAUGAAUUCAUUGUACUGUAAGAGUUUAUAUUCUUGUUGAAUCGGAAAGCUUAAAACGGACUAGGUUUGGAAUUGCAAGUUAAAAGAAAUUAAUAAGAAUUAUAAUAUUUUUGUACAAAAAGUAGUGAGUACACCAUGCAUUUUCAAUAUUAUGCCGAAAAACUUUCAAAUAUAUUUUGUUUUGUAAAUAUUGUUAAUACACUUUAAAAUUAAUAUGAAAAUACUUCAGCAAAACAUUGUCACACAUAUUUUUUUCCAAGUUCAAAUUUCUCUUUAUUAAGGAAAACACUGUAAAAGCACUUUUUAGUUAUAAUAUUAUUAUAAAUAUUAGCAAUCACAUAUAUAUAACAAAAGCUAUACCCUGAAACGAGGUUAGAUGUUUAUUUUUUCUUUUUUUCUUGUAUCACAUGGAUAUUAUAUGAAAUAACAACUCAAUUGUCAAAUAGUCAGCCGAAAGAGUCCGUAAAAUGGUAACCUGAAGAAUUUUAUUCAUACUCGGUACAAAUAGAAAACUCCAUUUGUCAAUUUUUUCUUCCGCAGCAUACAUACAUGUAAACGGCACAUAUUAAAUAUCUAGGAUAAGAUAUAAAAGGGACGCAACAAGGGGUGCAAUGUUAUUAAAAUACACUUUGAGAUUUGUGUCCUUCACUUAUAUUAAUUACUAAAUUACUUAGAAAUUUUACAUAAAAAAGAUGCCAAAAUUUAACAUAACACAAAUACAAACAUUGUGUAACCUUAACCUUAUGCAUAAAUACAUAUGUACAUAUAACUUUAUAUGCAAAUAUUUUAUUAGUAAAAAACGUUAUAAAUAUUUAGUUUAGGUAAACGUUAAAAGAAAUAUAAAUGUGCCAAUAUUAUAUGUUGAAUAAACUUACACUCAUACAUGCAUACAAACGUGUAUACAUACAUAUAUACAAUGUAUAUAAAAUAGGCCAAUUAAUAGUGUGUAAUAACUCUGUUAAAAGACUAAUUAUUUCAUUGUUAGCAUUGUAUAUAGUAGAUAUAUGUAUAAAUAUUUGAAAAUGAAAAUAUGUGUGUAUGAAAAUGCAAAUGAUUGUUAAAACGAGCAAGUUUUGUUGUUUAGCUAAAUAAUGAUAUAUAAUAUAAUUAUACAUUAUACACAUAAUAUAUAAAUAUAUAUAAUGCAAAAAAAGAAAUAAAAAGUGAAUACAUACAAUGAAAACGCGAAAUUUUAAUAAUAAUUUUUUGUAGGUUAGAAUAGACAAAUGUAUUUGUAAUUGUUUUAAUUUUAUUUUAUUUUUUUUUUUUAAUUAAUAAGCAACGGUUUCCACAAUGUAAUUGAAUUUUGAAAUUCGCCUCAUAUGAGCACAUACACAUUUAUAUAUAAAAAAUUAAAAUGGAAAAUGUUGAAGAAUUCGCACACUAAAUUUUAUUACAUAUUUUUUAAGAAAUAUUUAUAGCAAGUAAAUAUAAUAAACGGAAUUUUGCUAACCAAUGCAUAGAUGGUUGAAAAUAAAAGAGAACUAGUUGUUGUUAUUGUAAUAACUGAUAACUAUAAAAAUAAUUAUUGCAAUAUUAUUAAAUUUUGGUAAUUACACUACAGUUACAGUUGGACGCACAUACACAUGUAUAUUAUAUAAAGGGAGUUUUAUGGAUUAAAUUUUUUGAGUACUUAUGAAGAGAUUUGCUAAAGUCGUUAAUAGGCAUUUAAAAUAUUAUAUAGAAUUCUCAUUUUUUCCUAUUUCGACAUUACACACAAAUGGCUGUUAUUGAAAUAAUAGUAUCUUAUGAUAAUUAUCUAAUACAUUUAUGCAUUGGUUAUAUACAAAUAAAAGACGUUCUGUACAAAAAUGUGUAAUUUUUACGACACACACACACACACACACUUGAAAGUGUAGCACUGAAUAUGAAAACUUAUUUACUUACACUUUAUUACAAAUUAUACACUGAUAAGUACAUAAUUAUUUACAAAAUAAAAGAAUACUUAAUAUUACAAAGUAAAAUAAAAAAUAUUACCAUUUAAUAAAAAACAGAUUUUGAAAAGUGUGUUAUAUGUAUGUACGUAAGUGAAGAAAAUAAAUAAAUCAAUUAUUACUGCAAACAA